GUCCCUGCGCACCGAGCCGUCCUCUCCAUCUGCCCCUGGAGGUCACCAUCUGCACAGCGCCAUGGGCACCCAGCAGAUCGUCCUUCAGGGCCCGGGACCCUGGGGCUUCUGCCUGGUGGGCGGCAAAGACUUUGAGCAGCCUCUCGCCAUUUCCCGGGUCACUGCCGGAAGCAAAGAUGCCACCGCUAAUUUAUGUAUUGGAGAUAUAAUCACAGGGAUCGAUGGAGAAAACACCAGCAACAUGACGUACUUGGAAGCUCAGAACAAAAUCAAGGGCUGCAUGGACAACAUGACUGUCACAGUAACCAGAUCUGAACAUAAAAUCUGGUCUCCUCUAGUGACCGAGGAGGGGAAGCGCCAUCCGGACAAGAUGAAUUUAGCCUCUGAACCCCAAGAGGUCCAGCAUAUAGGAAGUGCCCACAACCGAAGCGCCAUGCCCUUUACUGCCCCCCUGCCUCCAGCACUGCCCAGAGUCAGCAAGAACCAGUACAACAACCCUGCUGGCCUCUACUCGUCUGAAAACAUCUCUAGCUUCAACAGUGCUGUGGAGCCAAAGACUGCAGCCAGCGGAGAAGAGGCGAAUGGCAGGCCCGUAGAUCAUUCUCAGCAUUCUGGCAGCCUCAUCACUGACAAAGAAUCUGAAGCUUACAAGAUGCUUCAGGAGAAACAGGAGUUAAAUGAGCCCCCCAAACAGUCUGCAUCCUUCCUGGUUUUGCAGGAAAUCCUGGAGUCAGAGGAGAAAGGGGAUCCCAACAAGCCCUCAGGGUUCAGAAGUGUUAAAGCUCCAGUCACCAAGGUGGUAGCAUCUGUCAGAAAUGCUCAGAAGCUGCCCAUGUGUGACAACUGUGGCACUGGCAUUGUUGGUGUGUUUGUGAAGCUCCGUAACCGCCACCGCCACCCUGAGUGCUAUGUGUGCACCGACUGUAGCACCAACUUGAAGCAGAAGGGCCAUUUCUUUGUAGAGGAUCAGAUCUACUGUGAAAAGCAUGCCAGGGAGCAGGUGACACCACCUGACGGCUAUGAUGUGGUCACCGUGUUCCCCAAGUGAUCCGGCAGCUCUGCCCUGACAGCUCUUCUCCAGCCAGCCUCUGCUACAAGCCUGCCGUCUGAGGGGUGGUGCCCCCUUCUCUCCCAGUGUUCCAUGCUUGUCUUGAUUUAGCCCUGCACAUUAAAUGUUGAGUCC